CUCCGCCCGUGGGCUCCGCUCUGCGGCCGCGCCUCCGAGCUGUCCGGCAGGCUCAGGGUCCAGGCUCCAAUACUUCUGUUCCCUGCCACUCAAGCGCCAUGAGGGGCCUUCUGUGCUCGCCACUGCUCAUGUUGCUGCUUUUUCUCCAGCCCUGGGAAACCCAGCUCCAGUUUGCAGGUCCCAGGUGUCGGACGGGACCCCUGGAUUUGGUGUUCGUGAUUGACAGCUCGCGCAGCGUGCGCCCCUUUGAGUUCGAGACCAUGCGGCAGUUCCUGGUGGGCCUCCUCCGCGGCCUGGACGUGGGGCCCAAUGCCACGCGCGUCGGCGUGAUCCAGUACUCGAGUCAAGUGCAGAGCGUCUUCCCACUCGGCGCCUUCUCGCGACGCGAGGACAUGGAGCGCGCCAUCCGCGCGCUGGUGCCGCUAGCUCAGGGCACCAUGACCGGGCUGGCAAUCCAGUACGCCAUGAACGUGGCCUUCAGUGUGGCCGAGGGUGCGCGCCCGCCGGAGGCGCGCGUACCGCGCGUCGCUGUCAUCGUGACCGACGGGCGGCCCCAGGAUCGCGUGGCUGAGGUGGCGGCGCAGGCGCGCGCCCGGGGCAUCGAGAUCUACGCGGUGGGUGUGCAGCGCGCCGACGUGGGCUCCCUGCGGGCCAUGGCGUCUCCCCCGCUGGACGAGCACGUCUUCCUCGUUGAGUCCUUCGAUCUUAUCCAGGAGUUUGGCCUGCAGUUCCAGGGCCGGCUGUGUGGAAAGGAUCUGUGUGCUGAGGGGGAACACGGCUGCCAGCACCAAUGUGUCAGCACCCCAGGCACGUUCCACUGUGCCUGCAACCCUGGCUACCAGCUAGCUGCAGAUAACAAGAGCUGUUUGGCCAUUGACCUGUGCUCUCAAAGGACCCAUGGCUGUGAGCAUCACUGCAUCAGCUCCCCAGGUUCCUAUUUCUGUCGCUGCCGAGCUGGCUUUGUACUCCAGCAGGACCAGAGAAGCUGCAGGGCCGUUGACCACUGCAGCUUUGGGAACCACAGCUGCCAGCAUGAGUGUGUUAGCACCUUUGGUGGGCCACGGUGCUACUGCAGAGAGGGCCACGACUUGCUGCCUGAUGGGAGGAGCUGUCAGGCCCGGGACCUCUGCAAUGGUGUAGACCAUGGAUGCGAGUUCCAGUGUGUGAGUGAGGGCCUCUCUUACCGCUGCCUGUGCCCCAAGGGCCAGCAACUCCAGGCAGAUGGCAAGAGCUGCAACCGGUGCCGGGAAGGCCACGUCGACCUGGUUCUGCUCGUCGAUGGCUCCAAGAGCGUGCGCCCGCAGAAUUUCGAGCUGGUGAAGCGCUUCGUGAACCAGAUCGUGGACUUCCUGGACGUGUCCCCCGAGGGCACGCGUGUGGGGCUGGUGCAGUUCUCGAGCCGCGUGCGCACCGAGUUCCCGCUGGGGCGCUACGGUACCGCGGCCGAGGUCAAGCAGGCGGUCCUGGCCGUGGAAUACAUGGAACGCGGUACCAUGACCGGGCUGGCGCUGCGCCACAUGGUGGAGCACAGCUUCUCCGAGGCGCAGGGCGCACGGCCCCGCGCCCUCAACGUGCCUCGCGUGGGCCUGGUCUUCACCGACGGCCGCUCCCAGGAUGACAUCUCGGUGUGGGCCGCAAGGGCCAAGGAGGAAGGCAUCGUCAUGUACGCUGUGGGCGUGGGCAAGGCGGUGGAGGAGGAGCUCCGGCAGAUCGCCUCGGAGCCUUCAGAGCUGCAUGUGUCCUACUCCCCUGACUUUGGCACCAUGACGCACCUGCUGGACAACCUCAGAGGCAGCAUCUGCCCGGAGGAGGGCAUCGGCGCGGGCACAGAGCUUCAAAGUCCCUGCGAAUGCGAAAACCUCGUGGAGUUCCAGGGCCGCACGCUGGGGGCGCUCGAGAAGCUGACGCAGAACCUGGCCCAGCUGACGGCGCGCCUAGAGGAUCUGGAGAACCAGCUGGCCACCCAGAAGUGAGGGCCGCCGGUGGCCGGGAGCCGGGCAGGAGCGCGACCCCGCGGACUGUGCCUUCGGGGCGCCGUCGGGGCACCGGGGGGGCCCCCAGGACUUGGGCUGUCGAGAAGGGGGCGCUGGCGGGCUCCCCGGCGCUGCGCUGGAGCUGGCCUCGCCUGGACCAGAAGCCGGACUGCGGGGGACCGAAGGGGCGCUACGUCCGCACGCCCUCGCUGCUUCUGCGCUCAGUUCUUUGUUGGA